AUGGAUAUGCUCCAAUACUGGCUGGGCAAUAUUGAAGAAGUUCAUGCUAUCGAAGGGCCAAAAGAGAGGCCAUAUCCUGUUGAUUCAACAGUCCAGGUGUCGAUGAAGUACUCGUCUGGCGCUGUUGGAUCCUUCCUGUUCACAGACACGGCCGCAUCACAAGUGUCAUGGGAAGCUGAUACUGGUGACAUGCCACUCUUUCCUGCUACCGGCGAGGAUGUCCUUACUAUCUUUGGAACUGAGGGUUCGAUCAGUGUCCCGAAACUGUGA